GAUGACGUGUGCAUGCAUCUCACCAACUACUCAAUCAACAAGAACAGUGAGAGGUUUGUCCGCGACGAGGACACUGGCAGCAAACGAAAACUGUCCACGCUGAACAAGUACCUGGAGUCCAUCAGCUGCAACACAGAGAAGAUGUGGAGCGACAUCGAGGACGUGAUCAUAAAGACUCUGAUCUCUGCUCACCCCACCCUGAAGCAUAACUACCACACCUGCUUCCCCAACCACACCAGCGGCAGCGCCUGCUUCGAGAUCCUGGGCUUCGACGUGCUGCUGGAUCACCGCCUCCGACCCUGGGUGCUGGAGGUGAACCACUCACCGAGUUUCACCACCGACUCGCAGCUCGACCGCGAGGUGAAGGAUGCGUUGUUGUACGACACCCUGGUCCUCAUCAACUUGGGCGCCUGUGACCGCCGCAAGAUCACCAAAGAGGAGAGACGCCGGGUGAAGGACCGGCUGCAGCAGAACCGCUCCAGAGAGGCCAGACUGGAGGAGCUGCGACAGUGCCAGGCGGCCACGGUGGAGCAGAUGGAGCAUUACGAAGCCAAACACCUGGGAGGCUUCAAGAGGAUCUACCCCAGAGAGGGAGCGGAGAAAUACGACAAGUACUUCAAACACAGCAACGUGCUCUUUCAGAAGACGGCAGCGUCCAAGGCCAGAGAGGAGUGUGCCAGGUACCCGCAGCGCGCCUUCCACACGUCAACCCCUUCCACACGGUUCAGUGCAGACAGGAAGCUGGGAGUCGGACAUGAGGUUAUGUGUUGUUACAACCGGGCUGAUCAAUUAGCUGCUUGA